UGCGGAUAGCUAGUGGCAACAGUUUUUAUGUUUUCAUAACAAAAAAUUACAUUUAAAAUUCACAAAAUGUGUAGCAAGGAUUUCAAUUAUGACGUCAUCGAACUAAUCGACGCUAUAAGAGAAAGACCGUGUCUUUGGGAUAAAAGUAUAGAAAACUACAAAGAUAAAGUGGAGAGACGUUUGUCUUGGGAAGAGAUAUUUUCGAUUUUAGAAGAAAAAUAUGACGAGAUGUCGUUGGAGGACAAGCGCUUUGUUGAGGAAAGGAUCCAAAAUAAAUGGGUCAACAUCCGUGACACUUUCAUCAAGACACUGAAGACAAGAAAUCGCCAGAAGAAAAAAUACCUCUUACACAACGAACUAUCAUUCCUCCUCAAAAACUACAAGCCAGCAAACGAUAUCAACAUUACUUACUCCGAUGAUAUAUCCGUCUCUUUCGUGAAAAAGGAAGUGGAGAGACAGCCCAGCACCAGUAAAAGUGCAAAGAGAGCCCGCAGUCUCCGGAAUAAUGACGUAGAAUACGAAUCCAGGGAAUCUAAUGAUGCGACAAGCGUGGAUUUCGUUCCUUGCGACAACUCUAGUGACUACAAAAUGUACACGUCGAAAGAUCCAGAGUCCCGAUUGAUGAAUGAAGACGAGGCAUUCUUUGCCUCCCUCCUGCCAACUGUGGUGCAGUAUAGUGUGGAAGAAAGACUCCAGUUCCGGAUGGACGUGUUAGCUGUGAUGAAGAAGAUUAAUGACCAGCGGAACUGUCAAGGGAUAAUGUAAUGGCACCUGUGGGCCAGCACUUCAGCUGCCGAACCUCGAAACAAAAUUAAAUGUAAUUUAAAUUCUAUAGCUGUCAUGCUUGACAAGCUCUUGAUUUCAGUGCAACUUUAAUGUUGACUUAAC